AUGGAGUCCUCUAAGUUGUUGUCUGGAGAGUCACCUGCCCGUCAUGGAGGCCUGUUCAAUCCUUUACCGGCAAAGUCGAGCUUAACAUUCCAUUUGUUCCCAAAUCUCCCGAAAGAAAUUAGAGACAUGAUUUGGGAGAAGAGCCUGAUCUGCGAGCGAUAUAUCCCGGUUGAGCUUUGGCAUAAAGACAAACGAUCUGGAGAUUUCUGCCGGUCAGAAUUACUCCCACCUACCGAUCAAGAGCACAGAUUAGUACUCAAGAAUCCACCGAGGCCCAAUGCUAUUUUUUGCACCAAUGCCGAAUCUCGUGCAGCUGCUUGUCGUUUCUAUAGGGUGCAUCUUCCUUGCUACUCCGCCAAGGGUUCACAGUUACACGCACCGGGAACGUUUUGGUUCAACCCUGAGCUGGACACUCUGGAAUUUCCUGGGUUCGAGCACUUUACAACCCUUGCAAAUGAUCUUUGGCGCCACGACCGUAAAAAGAAAGGACUACGCAAUGUAUCUUUCAGCAUCGACGGCAAGAGUAAUUUCUUGUUUCAUUGCUUCUACAAAGGUGCUGCUUCCUCAGACCAGCUUCGCCAAGCUGUUGGCCGAUUUGAGCAUGUCACCUUUAUUCAUUACUCAUUGCCUAGGGUGAUGUUGGCUUUCACCAGGAAUUCUUUCUGUUACACGAAACGCUCGCUCCCAUUUGUAUACCCCCGUUCACUUCCUGUUGCAGGGGCGACUGGUAGCUUUUCACGGCAGCAAGACCCACGUCCUAUCGAGGAUAACGUACUCGAGAGUUUCUCAUUCGAUGGCUUCCCUGGGUUUGGGCGAAUGGCUCUGGAUUGGAGGAACUGGUUCCAGGAACUAAGAGCAGGAAGGCCAUGUGUCUUCAGAUUCGCAUAUGCAGCUGAUGAAUGUCAGAAGCCAUUCAUUACUGAUGAAGCGAGCGCUAUGGAGUAUCUAAAGGACGAAGAUAAAAAGUGGCAAGAGAGUUUUGACUGGGAAAUAAGGAUACACGCCACAAACCCAUGGAGAUCAGGAUACACGAUCCCCGAGCAGGUUGAUAGCGGACUUGAAACUGCAUUUGGGUUUUGGACCUUUCCUCUUGAGCCUCAGGGUCCAUUUGCCAACCCACCAGCCUCCCGAAAAGCAGUUUACGACCUUUCUGCCUACCGACCAGAGCUAUGCGUAUUUCACUUUUAA